CGAGAAGAGCCUCAGCACGGGACCGCAAGAACGUCGCUGGAUCCCGGGAGGACCGGAGAGAAAGACGAUACCGUGGAACUGGAGUUGUGCUCAGGUGCAGUCCCUACCGUGUGACCUUAUCUCCUCCUGCCAGGAAGAAAAAGUCUGCUGCCUGAAGGAUGUUCUCCUCUGUGAAGGCCUUUGAGGGGCAGCAUUACCCCACCCUCAAGAGGCAGUGUCUACAGAAUGGAACGCUGUUUGAGGACCCACUGUUCCCGGCUGUAGACAACUCCCUCUUCUACCAAGGGAACAGGAUUGGCCGUGUGCACUGGAAAAGACCUGGGGAGCUGUGUGAUGACCCUCACUUGUUUGUGGAUGGGAUCAGUGCCCAUGACCUGCACCAAGGGCAGCUGGGAAACUGCUGGUUCGUGGCGGCUUGCUCCAGUUUGGCCUCCCGAGAGUCACUGUGGCAGAAAGUUAUCCCAGACUGGAAAGAGCAGGAAUGGGAUCCAGAGAAAAUAGACUCUUAUGCCGGAAUAUUCCAUUUCCGUUUCUGGCGGUUUGGGGAAUGGGUGGACGUGGUGAUAGAUGACCGUCUCCCCACAGUGGAUAACCAGCUGGUGUAUUGCCAUUCAAAUGACAGCAACGAGUUCUGGAGUGCCCUUGUAGAAAAAGCCUAUGCCAAAGUAUAUGGUUGCUAUGAAGCCCUGGAUGGUGGAAACACAGCCGAUGCCCUGGUGGACUUUACUGGCGGGGUGUCAGAACCCAUGGACCUUUUGGAGGGCCAGUUUGCGCAGGAUGAAGUAGCCAGAAACCAGCUGUUUGAGAGAGUUCUAAAAGUCCACAACCGAGAUGGCCUUAUCAGUUGCUCUAUCAGGGCAACUACAGUGGAGGACAUGGAGGCCAGGCUAGAAUGUGGGUUAGUGAAAGGCCACGCCUACGCAGUGACCGACGUUUGCAAGGUCCGCCUUGGACACGGCCUGUUAUCAUUCUUCAAGUCAGAGAAGCUACACAUGAUCCGAAUGAGGAAUCCCUGGGGGGAGAAAGAGUGGAGUGGACCCUGGAGUGACAGCUCAGAGGAAUGGAAGAAGGUGAGCAAGAGUGAGAGAGAAAAACUGGGCGUCACUGUUCAGGAUGAUGGGGAGUUUUGGAUAAACUUUGACGAUUUCUGUCACUACUUCACCGACCUGAUCCUGUGUCGACUGAUAAACACAUCCUACUUGAGCAUUCAUAAGACCUGGGAGGAGGAGGUGAUGAGGGGCUCCUGGAUCCAUCGAGAUGACCCACUCCGCAAUCGCUCUGGAGGCUGCAUUAACCAUAAAGCCACAUUUUUGCAAAACCCACAGUAUGUUUUUGAUGUGAGAAAGGUGGAAGACGAGGUGCUGAUCUGCCUGCAACAAAAGGAGCGCAGAGCCACUCCCAAAGAGGGCAAAGGCGAGAACCUGGCCAUUGGAUUUGACAUCCAUAGGGUGGAGUUGAAUAGAAAAUACAGAAUGCACUCUGCACAGCAGAAGGUCGCAGGGUCAAUCUACAUCAACUCUCGCUGCGUCUUUCUAAGGAAAGAGCUAAAGGAGGGGCGUUAUGUCAUUAUUCCCACAACCUUUGACCCUUGUCAACAAGGAGAGUUUCUGCUCCGAGUCUUCACUGAUGUGCCUUCAGACUGCAAAGAAUUAACUCUGGACGAGCCUCCACAGACAUGCUGGACCGGUAUGUGUGGUUACCCUCAGCUGGUCACACAAGUGCAUGUGUUAAGUGCCAUGGGCUUGCAGGGCCAAGACUCCAAUGGAGCCUCUGACCCUUAUGUGAUCAUUACCUGUGAGGGGGAGAAGGUUCGCUCUCCCGUGCACAAAGACACACGUUGCCCUAACUUUGACAUUAAGGGAAUAUUCUACCGCAAAAAGCCAAAGGAAGGCAUUCACAUCGAGAUCUACAAUAAGAAUGUGAUUGUUGACACCUUCCUGGGUCAGGUAACUCUCUUUAGUGACCCUAAUGACCGCCAAGAGCAGCACACAGUUUACCUUAAAGACAAGGGCACUCGCCAAGACAACAACCUUCCUGGCACACUGGCUAACAAAACAAGUCAGACAGGUUUGGAACCACAUGGGGGGCUAUGCGUUGUACUUGCAUGAGCAGCUGAAGUGGUCUGCUAGGAGUCCUAGUCACAUGAUCAGCCACAGUCUCACAUGCCAGGUCACCUCAACGAAAUCAACAUUACCAGCCCUGGGAAAUCUAGUUACAAAUCCAGUUUUCCCCUUGCUGUGUCUCCCUUUUCAUCCCU